GCUUUAUGAAGAAAGGGUAGACCUAAAGCAAACAAUUAGACUUCUAUAUCAGUGAAAAUACUUCAUAAUGAACCCCAUGACCUGAUGCAAUAUGCCUACAUGAAAGAGAGUAACCUCAGAAAACGCUGAGAUCUAUUAAAAAUGUAUCUAACACAGUCUUCAACACUGUACAUCCUAUAGCCUAUACUGUACUUUUUGACGCUGCAUCACAAUUAUGUAACCCUCGGCAGAGCCGGCAACAGUUACGGAUCAGUAACAUCUGUAAAUACUGCAGAAGCCAUAAAACCUCCACAAGUUGAGCGUUUUAUUCAAGAAGGGCCAGUUUAGGGGAGAGUAGCCUGUUACCCAACAAGGUUUGAUUUUGAAUGGGAUGACGCGGACACCGGGCUGGAGAUGCGGAGAAUUAUUUGCCACAGAUUCCUCUGCAUAGUGGAAGCACUAUCAGAGACCACGUGAGAGGAAUAUUCAAUGACGGUCCCCGACAGACCCAGUUCAUCUCCGCUGGCACUCCUCUGCUGACAUGGACUCCUCCUGGACUCUCUGUUUUCUCCCACUCACGGACGACACUCCGUCUGAAUGUAACCUUUGAUCUUUUACCGUCACUUCUUCUUUUCUGUUCUUUUUUUUUCUUUUUCUUUUUUCUUCUUCUCUCCUCCACCACUCAGUCAGUCAGUGGUGGGUAUGGCUUGGCCGUGCAUCAGCAGAGUGUGCUGCCUGGCUCGCUUCUGGAACCAGUUCGACAAAUCGGACUUGUCCGUCCCGCUCACCAUCCAGAACUACUCGGACAUCGGCGAACAGGAGGUGCGGUCCGUCACCAAACAGGUUUCAGCCUCGGACCCGCGCGCGGCCACCGGCUCCCCUCGCGCGCCCGCGGAUGGAACUGGGACCAGGGGGUCUUUCAAGGCACGGAAGGAGACCAGUUACAAGCCCCGGGAGGACUACCACCCACCCGGAGUGCCUUUCACCAGUGUCACCCAGUACAAGCAGGAUUUCAAGCCAUGGCCAAUUCCUCGGAAAGAGAACUUCCCGUGGAUUAGUAAUGGGGGCAGCAGGGCGGACAGUGUUUCGGACAGCCCGGGGAACAGUUACCACCCUGGGGAGAGAGAGGAGAGGGGCAGGGGGCAGAGGUGGGGGGAGCAGCAGGGGACGGAGGAGAGAAAAACCAGCUCCUACAGGCAAGAGUACAGGCCAUGGACAGGUGUGAAACCAGCCAAAAGUGCUAGGAAAAACCCUCCAGCUCAAUACUCCAGCCCUGGCACAGAGGCCACCGAGGUCCCACGUGAGACCAGCUACCAGGCUGCCUACAGCGGGGAGUUGCACAGCAGGAACACAGGGCUGCACCAGGGGGAGCACGUCAUCCCGUCUGCCAGCACAAAUAUACAACCUGCUGCUGUCCCCCCACCCAUUCCCGCUGCCCUGCCGGCUGGUAGUCCACAGACCCCCUCCAGCCUCCAGCAGAACAUCCUGCCUGAGAGGACUGAGCUCGGCGUGAUGACCAGAGGAGAGGAAAAUCUGGUAAGGACCAAGCUCACUCCGAACCCCUCUGCCAUAUUUCAAGGUGGAUCCAGGGUCUUCAACAUCUGAAAUGUUCCCAAACCUUCUACUUUCUUUCAUUUAUUUUUCAGUUUUAAAUGGAAUCAAUGGGAAUGAUUUCAGUCGAUUCCAACACAAGAAUCUAUGCAAGAGAAAGUAACAUUGUGAAGCCUGCAGAGCUGCUGACAGACAACCCCUCCUUUACCUUCCUGUCCCUGUUGCUUUUGAAAUGAAUAUGCAUGUAACAAAAUAGUUUUUUUCUGCAGUGGCGAAUGCACAAAAAACUGGCUGCUCUGUGUGUUUGUAUGUGAGAGUCUGUUUGUGUGUAUGUGUGCACCUGCUGAUGUGUCCUUUUGUUGUUCAGUCUGCUCUGUUCAUGAGUGAAGCGGAUGGUCAUUAAAUGCUUCCAUGUAGACCCUUGGUGUUGCUAGAAAAUCUGCUUGAAAAUCUGUUAUUUAUUUUAUUGGUAUUAGUUUGCUAUUUUGAGGAAGUGUCGUUUAGUUUAUCAUUUUGUAAAUCUAUUGUUAAAGAAGAAAAGCAAGUAAACAAACUGUAAGUGAAAAAAUCAAUAAAAGAAUGUUAAGUUCUUCACACUUUC